AUGGCUUGUGAUCACCGUGCGGCUGGUUUCCCUGAUCAUUCUAUGCUCGAUCUCGCCCUGUCGGCCGCGUACGGCCUCGACGAGACCCCUCCACCAGUGUACCCUGCGGGUGUCCCCGGUAGAGCUCUAGAGCAGCGAUUAAGCAGCCUUUCUGCUAGAGGACAAAGGCCCGGACUGAACAACACGAAGGGGAGCGGGAGAUCUGGAAACGCCCAGAGCCCAGGCGACCAGAUGCCGUUGCCUCCGAAGAUGAUGACGUUCUUGUCUGAAGUGGGUGAAGUGGUAACAAAGCUGCAGCCAUUACUGCACAGAAUGAGAGCACUGCGAGCCAGCUAUCCCGGUGUGCCGGCGUUCGCUGUUGAGAUCACCGAUCUAGUACGAGGGAAUGACUCUGACAAGCUAUUCGUAACAGUCAAUGGCGGCGUUGGCCGAGUCUUUGUUCUCCUCGGUAAAAACAACUCUAGUACAACCAAAUUCUGA